ACCAAAGAGCUUUCUGCCAAUGCAAAUUCCCCAAUAUGGAGAGACCAAAGCAGCAAUUAAACCAAAAAGGAAACAGUCAUCCAUCCAGAGAAACUGAAUGCAAAGAAAACAAAAAAGAGUAGACACUCAAAAGAGGCCAAAAAGAACACCUAAAAGCCCACAAGUACAUACAACUUAACCAAAGCUACUCCAGUAAAACCAACUACCCCAAAAGACCAACACCCCACAAAGAGGUACUCUCCCUGGAAAUCCAGACAUAAUUCAAAGCAAAGACAAAGUUCAGAGUAAUGGCUGCCCAAGAACAAGAAGAGGAAAACCAUGAAUCCCGAGAACAAAGACUCUACGAUGAUGAUGAGCAUUAUGGUAAGCUCUUGUCCUCAUAUUUAGGCCUCAGUUUCACAAUCUUUCUUGGGUUGUUACCAAGAAACUCAAUCCCAUUAAUCACAACACUCCAAAACAAGAACAAAGUUCUCUCCUUUAAGCUUAUGCAAGCAGAGGAGCAGCUGAAGCAGCUCCACUCAAGAAGGAAGGAGGACUCAAAAGCAAAUGCAAGAGUUGUUGAAAUCUUUGCAAGCCACAGGCAUUCUUGGCAGCAGGAAGAGAAGAGGCUGCUGCAGCAGAUCGAUGAGUGCAAUGAGGAAAUAGCAUAUUUGAAGGGUAAAGUUGAAGACUUUGAAAGAGUGGAAGCUGAGUUGAAGGCUAAUAUUGAGGAUUUAAAGAGGGAAAUCAGUGAAAGAGAUGAAAUACUGAAUUUUAUGAGCAGAAGUAACUGUGAGAUGGAGGAUGGUGUUGCGGAGUGCUACAGUGAUAUGGGGUUGAGAUAUGGCAAAGCUGAGGUCUCAGAAGGGCCGGAUUUGGGUGUUGAGGAGUGCUUUACUGGAGGUGGGGUGGAUGAAAUUGGGUCUGUUUAUGGUCAGAGUAAUAGUGGGUUUAGCUCAGAUUUCUUGAAUUCUGCUGCUUCAAAAUUCUGGUCUGAGAACGCAAGUCUCUGGCAGGAUAUGCAGUAUGAUUCUUCUGUCGAAUCACUUUACCAUAUGAAACAUUUUGUAUCUAGAAGGGAAUCCCCUUGGAAGGUAGAUGGUGACUCCACUGGAAUUUCCCUAAAAUUGAAAUUGCUCGAGCAAGAACUACUGAAUUUAGAAAGGAUCAGUAAGGCAGAUCUGUCCAAGCUGCCAUCGCAAAUGCGAAAGCAGGCCAAAAGGUAUCAAACGUUGGCAGGAAAAAUCGACGACCUCUGCAGGAGAAUGCAAGCCAAUGAUCCCUGCGAAGCCAACGUGAGUUCAGAAUUUCGGACGCAAAGGCAAACCGAGUUUCUGCUUGAAGCGUUUAGACUACAGCAACGUGCAUCUGAAACUAACCAGAAACUGACGGCAUUACAAAGUGAGACAGGAAAGAGUUACAAUGGGGAUGAGCUCCAAGGCCAGACAGCUAAACUUGCCACAAGACGGUCAUUGGACUCUAUCCGAAACAACUUCAAAGAAAUCCAGAGAAACUUGGAGAUAUGGCUGGCUAGAAUUAUUGGUGAUCUCGAAGGAAUAUUGGCCCGAGACGGGGCCUCUCGUGCACGGGAUUAUUACGUCUCGAGGUACCCCUUUGUUCAGUAAUAAUUAACAAUCCAACUAUUCGAUUAAGUAGCAAUCAAGAAAAUGUACAGUCCCUCUAUUGCUGUUUUCAUAUUCAUGCUGAUGAAGUUUUCGAAAAUCAUCUGGCUUA